UAAAAUCUAUGAUUUUGUACAACUUCAAGGUUCACAUCAAUUGGAGCAAAAUCAAGUCGUUCGGGUUGGGUAUUGCCAAUGAAUCGGGUCAAGUUUACUUCCCCCCGCCCCAACACAUAGACAACACAACCCUAACCUGACAAGCAACCCUCAAUUGAUUUUUGUUCUCUCUCUCUCUGUCUCUUCCGCCAAUCAACACCCAACUCCUUCAAUCAACGAUUUCCUCCAUCACCCUCUCAAUUAGCUCGUUGUGUGUUCCCCCAUCACCUUCGCAAUUAGCCCAAUCCCCAUCCCCUUGAAAGCUUUGUUUGUCUCCCAAAUCUUUAGUGCCACCAACCUCGACCUUCUUUCAAUCAAGAAGGGAAUGCAUCAAUCAAUGAGUUGCCUUUGCAAGAUGAUGGCGAUCAAGGAAAUAUGGUUGGUGUGUUAAAGUACUUCGAGUGAUCCUCAUAAUAAUGAUAUCAUUUCUCAACGAAAACACAAGGAUUAUAUGAGGAUGAAAUUGAGGGUGAUGGUGAUGAUGACGAUGUUGAGGAUUUAGAUGUUAAUAUUGAUCCUAACGAUCUUAUAUGAUUUCUACUCUUUCUAUUAACUAGAUUAGGUAUUUUCUAUGUGGUUUCAGGUUGCAUAUUUUUUUGGGUUUAUUGUAUGUAUAAGAACAAAUCCAUGAUUUUAUUUGUGUUUAUUAAGGAGACAAACUUAUCUUACGAGUCAUUUAAGGUAUAUAUGGUUGGCUGUUAUUUAGGAUAUGCAUAUUUUUGCUUUUUGAUUUUUAAGUGAUAAUUUUAAUAUGAACAUUAAAGUUUUAUGAUUCUAUGAUUUAAAUCUAGGAUUCCAAUUUUAUAUCAAUUUUUUAUUUUACGUAAACUCUCGAUUUUGACUGCAUUGGUUGAGAUAAGUUUUUUUUUUUUAAAAGAAAAGAAGGUUGGGAGAAGAAGAAGUCAAGGAAGGGAGUGUUUUACAGGACUUCAUUUAUUUAAUUUUUUUGCCUUUUUUUAUUUUUAAUUAAUAAGUGAUGUGGAUGCCACCUCAACAUUGGAUGCUGAGUCUCUAACGAAGAAUUGUUUGACUGUCAAUAUUAGCGGUUUAAAGAAAAUUUUGGAGCAAAUUUAUCCAAUAGUUUCAAAAUUGACCAUUUAAUCACAAAUGUCUUAUUUAAAAAAUAGUGUCAGAAUUGUUACAUAAGCUAAACUUCGAAUAAAACUAGAGUAUUAACCCUUAAAAUUACGCCUCAUAUAAUAUCCUUUACCGUGGGACUACUAGAACGUUACACGAUAGCUGUUCCGAGAAAGGAAAGGUUGAAAAUGGACAACCCGUCGAAUCCCAGUUCUUCGAGAUACUUUCUUAGGAACUCCUUGGCCAUCAAGAAAUGGUGGUUAGAUAUUUUUUUUCUUUCUCCUACCGUUUCCCUUCUAUUUUUGUUUUUCCUUUUCCCAUUGUUCUUCCCCUUGCUUUCAUUGUCUCAUCUAUCCACAAUCCACAUGCUCUGUAUAUGUAAAGCUACCUCCAGCUUUAGCCUAAGGUUAGAUUCAUUUCCUGGCAGAGGAUAGGAGAUUUACUACUGAUGCUAGUAAUCGAAGAGUAAUCAACCAGCUUCAGGUAUGGCUGAUUUCAUGAAUGCGCCCCCGAAAUCCGAGGAGCAAGACGAUGUACCGAAGCCGCCGCCGCGGCUCUGCGAUUACUGCAACCAAGCUACCGCCGUGCUGUACUGCAGAGCAGAUUCGGCCAGGCUAUGUCUCGCCUGCGACCGUGAAGUUCAUUCCACCAACCAGCUCUUCACCAAACACACUCGAUGGCUGCUCUGCGACGCUUGUGACGCCUCCCCUGCCUCCAUCUUCUGCGAGACGGAGCGCUCCGUUCUCUGCCAGAACUGCGAUUGGGAGACCCACCGACACUCCUUCUCCUCGCUUCACAGCCGGAGGCCGAUCGAUGGGUUUAGCGACUGCCCUUCGGUGAAUGAAUUGAUGGGUCUUUUAGGGUUUGAAGAUUUGGGGGUUAAGAGUAAAAAUGGGUUGAUGAUUUUGGGGGAAGAAGAUAACGAUGGGUUGGUUUGGUCUGUUCCCGACGAGUCGGAUCUGGUAGAUGGCUACUCCGAAUUCCUUGUUUGGGAGAGCCCUCCUGUUGGUAGCAUCGAUGAUUUGAUAGUUUCUGUGGAUUCGGGUCGGGAUUUGAAGGCAUUGGGAGUUCCUCCUCUGCCCAAGAACCGGAAUGCGGCCUGCGGACGAUACAAGGAGGAAAUAAUCCGGCAGCUUCGUCGAAUGGCAAGGUUAGAACCUCAAUCGAAUUCCGAGAAGGGAGAAUUUGAUCACACCGGGUCGUUGGGAUCACUCGCUCCUGAACAAAACUCGCUUCAAACAAGCACCGGUUAUGAGCCCCAUGUUGAACCAGCGUUGUUCCCUUAUUAUGAGGAACAUGUUUUUCAUUGGCACAAUGAUAACGAAGAUGCUGCAAAUCAAGCAUUUGUUUCUUCUAUACUGAGGGCCAACUUAGACGAACAUUCUGCAACUCCUGACAAGCAGUCUAAUGCAGCUGGGGAAGGAACGUUUGCGAAUGAUGGCGAUGAAGCUGCACAACCCCAUCACCCUGCUACAACAUUACCGGCCACAGCUCCGAAAGUUACAGCAUACGAGUUGUUAAACAGCCAGGAGAGGGACUCUGCGAUCUCAAGGUACAAGGAGAAGAAGAAAACAAGAAGGUAUGAUAAGCAUAUUAGGUACGAAUCGAGAAAGGCUCGAGCAGAAAGCCGAACGAGAAUCAGAGGGCGGUUUGCUAAGAUCGAAUAGUGAUUAAAUACUAUGGUCCUCUUAAAAGUCGUUUUGCAAGACUUACUAGAAGUCUGUCCAGACAUUUGCCUGAAUGCAAAAUAGUAUAUGCUCUCUGGCUGCAUCGGUACAUAGGGAUAGACAUCAAAAUAGCACAUGUUCUCAUUUUUAUGUGUUCUCUGGCACACUGCCUCUUACAGUGUGGUUCACAAUGUAUUUGGCUACCAUACCAGCACUGAGGUGGCAUUCUGCGCGUCCUGAUGUUGUUGGAUCUCCUUGUGCGAUAACCAGCCCUGCUGCAAAUGCGUGGGGCGGGCGAUCCAACGGUGUUAUCACGCGUUGAACUCCUCCCACCUCAGCAAAAUAUCCAAAUUGGUGGUUGACGAGGACAGUUUUACGCCAGCAAGGUGUGUCAUUACAGCUGGGGCCAGAUUCCAGAAUCUAAUAGCUCUGUAAGGAAAUGGCAGGUAUAUAUCAUCGCUGCCUGCAGAAUGGUAGGCGAACAGCACAGACUUUCUAUUUCCUGUUGUAAAAUCUGUAGUUAUGAGUUAAUGUAUGUUUUGGCUUUUGUGUUAGCUUGUUAAUGCGAUGCAUUUGGAAUGUAGAAUUGGUAGGAGAGAACAAGAGAGAGUGUGUGUAUCUGGUGAUUGUCCCUGUGGCAGUGUUUAAUAAUGUCAAUGUCGUUGAGGAGUCCAUAUUGAGUUAGGUUUUUCAAUAUCCUCUUUGCCAUGCGAUCGUAGUCCUUCCGCCGCUUCUUUCAGUUCUGCAGCGGUGGUGGAACAUGAGCCAAGGUUGCAGGUGAAAGCUUCCUUGCACACCCACGAUGGUUUCUAAGUAAGCCACCCACAGCUGCCAUGCCAAUUGGAGAGAGGACCAAUCCGAUGGAUUGAAGUUGGAUCAAUCCCUCUCUUGGUGGAUUCCAUCCAAUCAUCUUAGAAUGUCGUUGCACAGUCUUAAUGUUGGUUGUCUUCUGAACACUCUGGUGCGCCUGCUAGACAAUGUCGAACCAAGGUGGGAUCAUUGUGAUCAAACCAUUCUUCAAGAAAGUUGUUCCUUCAAUAACCUCUUCAUUCCUGUACUUCGAAAGGUGCCAACAUUCGACACCAAAUUCGGUACUAGUGUCAUGAUUCUCGAGGUUAGUAAUCAACCAUUCCAUCAAAGGCAUAUUCAGGUUCUGCACUGCCAAAAAUACCUAAAGCUUCUCCCAAAUGCUUAUGUCUUUACAGCAGCUUUGCACAACGUGGUCAAUGGUUUCUUCCUCAUAUUUGCAGUAGUUGUAGCAGCUAUUCGUCGUAAUCUUUCUCCCCGUUCUCACUUUGUUAGUAAGCAGACGCUGAUGCAUCACAAGUCAUAGGUUAAGAUUUGGUGCCUCCAUUCAUGCAAUCAGCAAGAGAGCAUCAUCAGGGAGAACAUAUAUCAGCCUAUCCCAAUCUCACUCACCUUCCUCCGUGGUCCAAUCCGCCACCAUCGAGUCAUUGUCAUAUUCAGUAAUAUCAUAAGGAAAGAAAUUCUCCAAGACAGUAUCACUAUCGAGUCAAGAUUGAGUCCAGAACUUGAUAGUCUUCCCAUCUUUUGUGCUCCAACAUGUGGCAUGUUUCUUCAGAGUCACGCCUUUAACAAUAAAUUUCCUGUGAGAACCUCGCUUCUAGGGAUUCUCGAUACUGAUCUUUGGCACUCGUGAUAAUUAGGGAUUUAGGGGUCGAGAGAAAGAAUUAGGGAUUUAGAUGAGAAAGAAUAGAAUUGGGAAUCGGCC